UGUCUAAAGGGCCGCUCCACCGCACUCGGGUUUCAGCUGGUCCGGGCGGAGUCCAUGCGGGAUAAAGGAAUUACACGAAUUCAGUCCAGCUGAAGGUUUAUUCCACGCCGUUUAGCGACCACAUCAGCCGCUCGACAUGACCACGACGACCACCUAUCAGGGCAUGGAACCCGGUGCCAAAAACAGCUCGAGGGUGUUGCGUCCUCCUGGAGGAGCCUCCAAUAUUUCCUUCGGCACAGAUGAGGAGAAGCCGGCACGCAAAAACAAGAUGGCCUCCAAUAUCUUUGCUGAACCUGAUGACCCUCACGCCCACCGAAGGAACAACCCGCCAAGUGGAGAAGCGUCUGGUGUUCUGUGUGGAGAACCGUCGGCUCCUCUCAGACGGUGCCAGCCUGCUAUAGUUUAUGAUAACGGAUGUCCUGGUGAACGUCAGGCCAACAAUAACGAUCAAAAUGAGUGUGAGCCGGAAAACAAUGAAGAGGUCCAGGAGCAGAAAGAGGAUGCCGCACAGCCGUCUGUCCCCACAGCGUCCGGCAGCACCCCCUCCGGCCGAAGGAACCCACCCGGUGGCAAAUCCAGUCUGAUUCUGGGCUGAAAACGGCUGUCAUUGAACUUUCUUUGCUCUAUCUGUCUGUUCUCUCUCUUUUUUUAAGGAACUCCUUCCUUCACUCUCGUCGUGAGCCAUGGAAACUUUCGUCCUCCGUCCACCGUCUUUUCAUUUUUCUAUUGCGAAACAAGAGAAGCGAUCGUUGACAGAAGCACUUUAUGUAAGAAGUCCGUUUCAGUCGCUCCCGCGGGAAUUGGUGGCAUGAGAGAUUCAGAUCGACUUCUAAUCCGCCCCGGUGUAAAUCAUUCAAGGAAAAGGACAAAAAAAGAUUUGUUGCGCAAAAUUUCUAAGUACAAAUAAAGAUUGAUAUGAAUUUCA